CAAGAGACCGCGCAAUGGCGUAUAUCAGAGGGAUAUCGCAUCGUCUCAUUCUCAAAAGCAUAGUUUCCGGUUAAAUAUCACACUAGCGAUCAUGGAGCAGAAUCCGCUUGUUCGACGAGGUGUCGGUCUCCGGGGCGUCGAUCAUUCGGCAGUAUCACCUGGAUACGCUCUCUUUACUCACUUGACCAGCACCGGUAUUGUUAGACUUGUAGACAAUGACGGAAAUGAGGUGCACAAAUGGAGUCUGCCGUUUCGCCCUGGCAGACAUGCCCGUCUGUUGCGAAAUGGCAACCUAGCCUACAAUGGUGUCCAUCCCGAUGGGCCACAUCUCUACCCAAUGUGGCAAAAGUACCGCGGCGGUGUAAUGAUGGAGGUUGCUCCCGAUGGCAAAGUUGUGAGCGAAUACCGGGAUCCCCUGGCCCAUCAUGACCAGAAUCACCUGGAUGACGGUACUCUCUUAUAUACCACCUUAGAGCCGAUGACCGAGGAAGAAGCUUCUUCUGUCGUUGGGGGGAUUCCUGGAUCAGAAGCGUACGACGGCAAAAUCUAUGCAGAUGUCAUCAAACUUGUCGACCCCAAGACAGGAGAGCUGCUGUGGAAGUGGCGAGUCGCUGAGGGCCUAGAUCGAACCAAGUUCCCCUUACAGCCUAUUUACGCAAGGGAGCAUUAUCCACUGAUCAACAGCGUAUCGAUUCUACGCGAUGGAAACAUUCUGGCCUCAUUGCGCUCAGUCUCUGCGGUCAUCAUAAUCAACCGAAAAACAGGCGAAAUAAUGUGGCACCUGGACUCUACGGUUGUCGCCCAGCAGCAUUGUGCAAACGAACUUGAAAACGGAAAUAUCCUUAUUUUUGAUAACGGGGCGCUUCGACAUGGCACGAGCGCGGUUUAUUCUCGUGUUAUCGAGGUUGAUCGACAGACCAAACAAAUAGUAUGGCAAUAUACGGACCGCGUCUUUCCCAUGGCGUUCUUUACGCCCUUCAUGGGCUCGGCACAAAGACUCAAGAAUGGGAACACUUUCGUUUGCGAAGCUGCCUUUGGUCGAAUGUUUGAGGUCACUCGAGAUGGACGAAUCGUCUGGGAGUAUAUUAACCCCCAUCUGGCCAGCUACAAUGGUUUGGACGCAAAGGAGCUAGAAGACAUUGGAUUUGAUUAUCCAAGUAAUGCGUUAUUUCGGGCGUACAAGUACUCCCCUGACGAAGUUCCGUGGCUAAGCUUGCCCUCACCCGCGGCUACACCAUAG